GACACAUUCUUGAUAGUUCGGGUUUCCUAAUGAUAUUAGCCAUUUAUUUAAUGAUUUACUACAGAUGUACAGGAUAUCAAAUAUCGUUCGAAAGUCACUAUUAAAAUCGCGCUAAAUUAUUACUAAUAACCAGAAAAUAGUUAUAACUAAUUGAAAAUCAUAAAAUGACUACCAUAAAUCAUCAAAAACACUGUUAUUUUGAAAUCACUACAACAGUUGAAAAACACUAUAUUUUCAUGAAUCACUCACACUCUUGAACAAACACACCACAUACAGAGAGAAAAGUAAUUGAGGAGUGAGAGAGAGGGAGAGACGUGAUGGAGGUAGAGACGAUGAGUAAUUUUUUUCCUUUUCCCUAAAAAUCAACCUUAUUUUCAUUAAAAAAAAUACACACGAUAAAAUAUUUUAUUGCUAAUUUUUUAAUAAUCCAUAAUAUAAUUUUAGGGGUCGUUUGGAUGGGUGUUUCUCAUGAGGGAAUUUGGCCCAAUUGUCUCAAAAUGAGACAAUUGGACCACAUUGUCUCAUUUGGCACCCCAAAAGCAAAAUGGAGCAAUUUGGGCCGGGGGAAUUAGAAUUGGAUCAUUAGGGUGCAAUUGGAAAAACCUGGGUGGAGGGGAGGGAAUUAUAAUUGACUUGUUUUCCCCCACCUCUUCCAAAAGCGACCUUCUCAUUUUUCCCUUCUCUCUCUUCAGUCUUCAGAGAGACGAAACCUUUCUUCUCUCUUUCCCAUCUUUCUUCAACUGUCACCGAUAGAAAUCCCUUCCUCUCUUUCCCGUCUCUCUUUGAUAGACGUAGACGGCAUGCAACGGCGAGAACAAGAUCGCCGAUCUUGUCUCUUACAUUUUUUUUGUAGAUUUUCUGAUCUAGGCUUCGAUGGCGAGACCCAAAUCUGGCAGAGCGAAGACGAGUCAAAGAGAGGAAUAGAGAAGCUCUUCAGAGAAAGUGAUUAAUUGAGUUCGAGUUUUCAGAGGUUGAUCUUUGUCUUUGCCCACGCUUUCUGUUUUGAAUUAGCAAUUACCUUUCCUCUAAAAACUAGAGUUCUUAGAAGCUAGAUUUUUCUUCCCCUGCUACCUAUGUCUUCAUCUGACUAUGAGAAAGUCAACUUUGUGGUAGGGAUGAAGAUGAACAAUCGAAGAAGAAGUCAAAGAAAGAAAAUGAAGGAGAGCUCAAUCUUGUUUUUCUUUAUUGUUAGCCAUCACCAAUGGAUGGAGUUGAAACCCAGAUUUGGCUUUAACAAAUCAUGUUCUUUUUUUAUUGUGGUUUGUUAGUGUUCUAAUCGAAAUUUGGAUUUGUUGGAUAUGUGGAAGAGGGGAAAUGAAUUAUUUAAUAUAUAUAUUUUUUUAAAUUGACAUGUCAUUAAGUGAAUGGUUCAGUCAAUAAUCUUGUUUGUCAUGUCAUCAAAAAACUGAUGGAAUUAACGGAGUUUUACGACCGGUGAUUUAAGCUAGAACGAUUCAUAAAUUUGGUGGUAUAAGUAAGAAAUCAAAGUAAUUAAGGUUUAACCAAUUUGAGAUUAUUUUAAUGUAAUUUAGCAUAAAAGAGUUUAUUGGGUUAUUUAAGGAUGUGGGCUAAAGGAACUCAAGAGCCCAAUUCAAUGUGUUAUUGGUUGUGGUACUGGACCAACCUGAGCCCAACACUGAAUAAAGGAAACAGUGGGCGUAUACGGUAUAUAUCCCCGCCAGGCCGCCACUCUCUCUCUCUGUCUCUCCCUCUAAUCUGCUCAGUCGGUCAUUUGCCCCUCGCCCUGUAAGCGGAAAGUAGCGGACCAAUGAUGCCGCCGACGGCCGAGCCUUCUCCCGACCAUGCUUCCACUUCCUCCGGCGAUAAAGACUCCGACCCCGUUCUGGAUAACAGUUCUCCGGCUCCUAUUCCUGCUCCCGAGGUCUCUAGCCAUCGCGAGGAAGAACCUGGACCUGAGACUCCUAACAAAGAAGGUGGAGACGUUCUGGAACUUAUUGCAUCCACUGGGAAAUUCUGGCACAACUGGGAUGACUUGAAGAUUAUGCUAUCAUCUAAGCUGAAGCAGGUUCUGUCCGAGUAUCCCGAGGUGAAAAUGACUAGUGAGGAGCAGAAAGCUUCACUAGGAGAAACCUACCCAGAGCUGAUGAAAAGGCUGGAUGAUGCUCUUCUUAGUUUUGAUGAAGGCCCGCCAUUUACCCUGCAAAGGCUAUGUGAGAUCCUGUUGACAGCAAAGAGCAUAUACCCAAAUCUCUCAAAGCUUGCUCUAGCUCUUGAAAAGAAUCUAUUAGUGACGUCCAUGUUGACUGCUUGUACUGAUCCACAUCCACUAGCGACUCAAAAUCAGGAUGAAACUGACAAAGCAACUCCAAUCCAGCAGCAACCAUCCCACUCCGAACAAAAUGGAGUCCAGCACCCUACAGCAGCAGAUGGGGAUGAAAUUAUGGCCGACGUUGAGACUGAUAUUGGCGAUGAGAUGACUAUUGACAUGGAACCCUUGGAAGAAAUGAAAUAGUUGGAUCAAUCUCCGGAGGCAAAAAUUUAUGCAUGAAUCUCGAAAAUCCUAACCGAACUUUGUAUGUCCUAUGACCUUAUCGGCUCAUUUAGAUUCUUAUGGUUCCUUCUUUAGAGCAUACAUCGAUUCAUUACUAUCCCACAUGCGCGAGACUGGAAACAGAUGGUCGUAUGUAUCAGUUGAUUAGAAUCAUCAUGUUGUUAUUCAUGAUUAUGCUGGUCUAGUUUACUUUCAAGUUGGAAUGAAUGGGUUUUGAGUAGUUCGAUUUUGAUGUCUUAUCAUUUUUACGAUUUUGAAGUCUAUUGCUUCGUUGAUUGGUUGUUGAGUUUUUGUGAUGGAUUGUGGCGUGUGAAUUUCGUGAUGAAUCGAUCUGUGAUCUGUCACACUGUUCAUCGAUUCGAGGAUAAAUAUGUUGAAGUAGU